GAGAGUGAUUCCUCGCCGCGUCACGUGGUGGGGGCGCGGAGCGGCUUCGGCGGCCGCCAUGUUGUGCGGCCCCGGGCCGGGCCGGGGAUGGCGGGGGCCAGCAGCAACUGGCUCUCGGGGGUCAACGUGGUGCUGGUGAUGGCCUACGGCAGCCUGGUCUUCGUGCUGCUGUUCAUCUUUGUGAAACGCCAGAUCAUGCGCUUCGCCAUGAAGUCCCGCCGUGGCCCCCAUGUGCCUGUCGGACAGCAUGCGCCCAAGGAUUUAAAGGAAGAAAUCGACAUUCGUCUGUCAAGGGUACAAGACAUCAAGUACGAGCCCCGGCUGUUAGCUGAGGACGACAGCAGGCUUCUACAGCUGGAGACACAAGGCUGCUAUAACUACCUGUACAGGAUGAAGGCGUUGGAUGCGAUCAGAACAUCUGAAAUCCCGUUUCACACAGAAGGCCGGUACCCAAAGUCUUUAAUAGGGAAGAACUUCUGUGCCUACCUGCUGGAACUGCGGAAUUCCAGCACCUCCUUCAAAGGCAUCCGCAAAGCCUUGAUUGACACCUUGCUGGAUGGGUACGAGAGUGCCCGCUACGGCACUGGGGUCUUUGGGAAACUGGAAUAUCUGCAGUACCAGGAUGCUCUGAACGAGCUGGCAAACAUGACCAAGGCCCGGGGAGGCAGCAGCCAGCGGCAGCACCAGUCAGCAGCGAAGGACCUCACCCUCUCCCCCGAAGUCUCCAACCCUGCCACCAUCCAGGUCACCUACCUGCCUUCCAACCAGAAGAGCAAACGUGCCAAACACUUCCUGGAGCUGAAGAGCUUCAAGGACAACUACAACACGCUGGAGAGCACCCUGUGAGCCGCGCAGGGAGCACUGCUCCAGGGACCUGCCACGAGCAGAGCCCCUUGCUGGGUGCAGCUGGUGUCCUGGGCAGGUUUUGGCCACAGUUAGGCGCGCAGACAGCCUUGGGAGGGAGCGGCUGCGCUCUUGGGUCUCUCUCUUGCACGA